AAACUGGUGGGUGUAGUCUUAUAGAAAGUGUGGCUGGUGCUCAUGUUUAAAUUGGGGAAUUCAGUCACUCUCUGGCCUGUCACUGCUGAGCUAAGCCAGUUUUGCUGGGAGCUGCUUUUAAUGAAGGACCGGCUGGUUUGGAGGGAGCUUCAAAGCGACAGGAGGAAAAGUCUGAGAAAGUAGCUGCUGUAGUCCGGGGUGGGCCUUCCACUCCUCUGUUUUGGAGUACACUUUGGAGAUUUUGAAAGCUGGAGGGGCUCAGAGGGUGAAGGAUUGGAGAGUGGGCUUUAACAGUUUUAUUGGUUGUCUGAGCGGAAAGAAGAAAGGAUGGGGGAGAUUAUCGCCAACAUCAUGAAGUUUUACGACUAUCUCCUCAAAAGAACAGAUGCCCGAGUGCGGGACUACCCUUUAAUGCAGGGUCCUGUCCAGAUGACCCUGAUUCUGCUGGGUUAUGUGUUUUUUGUACUGUACGCUGGGCCGCGUUUCAUGGCCAACCGCAAACCAUACAACCUCCAAAUAGCCAUGGUCAUCUACAACUUCUUCAUGGUGUUCUUCAAUGCCUACAUUGUUUAUGAGUUUUUGAUGUCUGGUUGGGGGACAACCUACACCUGGAGAUGUGACCUCAUCGACCCGACCAGCAGUCCACAGGCCCUCAGAAUGGUUCGGGCAGCCUACAUGUUCUACUUCUCAAAAUACAUUGAACUUCUGGACACUGUGUUUUUUGUGCUGAGGAAGAAGCACAGCCAGGUGACGUUCCUGCACGUCUUUCACCACUCCUUCAUGCCCUGGUCCUGGUGGUGGGGCAUCACUCUCACUCCUGCUGGUGGGAUGGGCUGCUUCCAUGCGAUGGUGAAUGCUGUGGUCCAUGUCAUCAUGUACACCUACUACGGCCUCUCUGCAGCCGGACCACGCUUCCAGAAGUAUCUGUGGUGGAAGAAAUACAUGACUGCAAUCCAGUUGACUCAGUUCAUCGUGGUGUCCAUCCACAUCUCUCAGUAUUACUUCAUGGAGAAGUGUGACUACCAGGUGCCCAUCUUCAUCCACCUCAUCUGGAUCUACGGCAUGUUCUUCUUCGUGCUCUUCUCCAACUUCUGGAUCCAGGCUUACGUGAGGGGGAAGAGGCUUCCGGCCUCCAAGGAGCAGAAACCCAAGCAGAACGGCUUUACUAACGGCGAGGCGGUGGCGGUGGCCAACGGGAAACACUUGGACAAUGGCGCUGUCCACUACAGCAAUGGAUUUGCCCACAAUGGGAAAGUAAAGGAGGUCUAAAACGGCCUGAAAGCAGCAGGACCUGUAAGCAGAGACACACGUUCUAAAAGAAAAAAAAAAAAAGUUCCUUUAUUGAUGUGGAUAUUUUUGUGUGAUUGCACGGGAGAUGACACGGCACGCCGCCUGCGACGGUCAGUUCUUUCAUUUGUAUUUAUUGAUGUUUCGAGAAUCUGACUGGGGAGCACGAUGCAUGACGAGAAGACUUCCGCUGAAGUCCGCUUCGCUGAUGUUGCUCUGGAGCAUGGCUGCACCAGCCUGUCUGUGAUUGGACCCCACUGAUUCUUCCUGUUGCAGCAUAUAUGAUUCUCCUGGUUGCUUGAGAACCGUGUAGAUUUCCUCAUGGAUGUAGUUCUUGUAUGACUGUAAAUAAGUACUUGUUUGAAAUUAGGUGGGAUUGAUGUAAUGAGUUGCUUUUCAUUCGAUAUAUAGAUAUAUAACUUAAAAAAUAAACUUUUUUAUGUUAAAUAUAAUUGUGAUGCCUAUUUAUAGUGGUAGGCUGAACAUUAUGUAUACAUAAUGUGUAUAUAGACUGUAUGCAUUGCCAUUGUAUCUCACAUUACAUUGAUGACCACUUGACCCUUUUUCUCUGUGCUUUCACAAUCUGAACAUUUAAACAGUGAAAUCCAUGAA